GGUCACCAGUACCAACGUUUGAGAAUCACGGCCCUAGAGCCCCGGGCAACGUGGGCUGAGCCCCCGGACGGGGCAGACACCUCAGCCGCGCGACACUCCUGGGAGCCCCUGGACAGGCGCCAACGCCAGGCAGCUCUGACUUCGCCCUCUUGCUGGCCGCGCCGCGCACCGCGCCAGGCGAAGCGCUGGAGCAGGCCCGGCGCGCGGCCGGGCGGUUGGACCGGCGACCCGCGCGCCAGGGGCCUGUCUUCCCCCUGCCGGCGGGUGGGGGCGUUCGCGGUGUCUGCGCCUCUGCUGUGCCGCCUCCUCCUCGGGCCGGGCGCCCGCGGGGAGCCGUGUUCGCCGCCGCAGGCAGGUGGCUGCUCUGACUCUAACCACCGCGGGCCCGCCCCUCAGCGGCGUGGUGCACCCAGGCAGCGUCACCGCUCCCUCCGGCUACCUCGCUGGGGAGAGCGGCUGCGACACGCCUCCCCUCACGCUCCUUCUGUGUGUGGUCAUCUCGAGGCCGGAGCCGCCAUCUUUACUGUGGGCAUCAGGUCCGGAAAGGCGCGCAGUUGGCGAGGCCGACCGACGGGAUGUGGCUCCCAGUUCCUUUGGCCUCUGCCCUCAUCCAAGAUGGCGCUUCUUGCUUCAGCAGUUGGAGGCGGUUCUAGCAGGGCGGCGGGGGUUACGCCUGCGCACUGGGCGUGAGGGAGCUGGAGAGGCCAGGCAGGCCUCAUUGUUUUGUGAGGGGGCGGAGACGCUUGUGCUGUGUCUGCUGCGGAUGGAGCCGGAGGCGCUGGCCGCGGUGGAUGGCGGCGGGGCCAGGUCGGCUCCUGGCCCCAUGGGGGUCCCCGCAGUGCUCUCCGUGUCGCAGCGCCGGGCCGAGCUCCGGCGGAGGAAGCUGCUGAUGAAUUCGGAGGAGAGGAUCAACCGAAUCAUGGGCUUCCACCGGCCGGGCGGGGUGAAGGGUGAUGAAAGUCACACAGAUUCAAAACUUCAACAUGAGCAAGAUAAAUCGAACUCCCUCCCUGUUCCUGCAGUUUCAAAGCGAAUUGUGCUUGGUGAUUCUGUCUGUAAUUUGGCAGGAACAUCUGACCACACAAGUGGCAUUAUAGAGCUCAAGGGAGAUAAAAAGGACUUGUUCAGUAAAACUCCCGAGCUUGGUAAUGAUGGUACCAGUGAGCUCCGGCAUCGUAGCAGAGGGGAUCUGGCAUCAGAAGCUUCACAGAGAACACCUCGACAUGGAUUAGAUCAAUACUUAUCAAGAUUUGAUGAAGCUAUGAAGCUAAGAAACCAUCUGAUGAAUGAGAAGCCUAGUCAAGAGAAUGGGAAUGCAGUGGAGGAAUUUGAUUCUUUUCGCAUUUUCAGAUUGGUGGGAUGUGCGCUUCUUGCCGUAGGAGUUAGGGCUUUUGUGUGCAAGUACUUGUCAAUAUUUGCUCCAUUUCUUACUCUACAACUUGCAUAUAUGGGACUGUCCAAAUAUUUUCCAAAGAGUGAAAAGAAGAUGAAAACUACGGUAUUAACUGCUGCUCUUUUACUGUCAGGAAUCCCUGCAGAAGUGAUUAGUCGCUCCAUGGAUACCUAUAGCAAAAUGGGAGACAUUUUCACAGAUCUCUGUGUUUAUUUCUUUACUUUUAUCUUCUGCCAUGAACUGCUUGUUUUUUUUGGUUCUGAAGUGCUGUGAUAGCUGUAGAACUCGAUACAGUAGUUACACAAAAGUUUUCCGUUCUGUAUUCCUAUAAUAUCGCUGGGUAUGCCACACAGGUUUAUACCUUAUUUAAUUCUUACCUAUUCAAAUGCUUGAAAGCGGUUAAAUCCACUCAUAUAUGAAUGGAAGAACAGGGUCCCAGGUCUGGGGUUGUAUUAGUACAGUUUAUUCAAUUUCUAAUGUGGAGAUUAGGGUGCAAGUGUCAGUGAUCUAUAUCAUUUGCUGUUUAGUUAGAUAUUCUUUUAACUGUACCCACAAGUAUCACUUACAUUGUGUCACUUUCUUGUUGACUCGGUAGUGUGAGGACACAACAGAACUGGUGUGCUCUCAACAGAACUAUUUAUACAUUGUGACAGGACUUACCUAAAGAAUGCUCUCUGUGUAUUACUUCUGCUUUUUAAAAUUUAAAUAAAAUAAAAUGUACCCAUACAUUCUGUUGUUCAAACUCUGAA